GUCACACACAAUCACACAUACACAGACACACACACGCAGACAGACACUGAAGGAGGAAGAAUGAACCAUCUGCGUCUCUUCUCAUCUGACGUGUGUUUUAACCCUCAUGAUGGCGAGACUGAGCGAACACGGGAUCCGGCUGAGCUCUAUGAGCCCGUCGUACCUGGAGAGCAACUCCACCAGUCACACAUGGCCCUUCAGUGCGGUCGCGGAACUCAUCGAUAAUGCAUCUGACCCGGGCGUCACAGCCAAGAACAUCUGGAUCGAUGUUGUGACGGUCAGAGAUCAGUUGUGCCUCAGUUUUAUGGACAACGGGAGUGGUAUGACGCCUAACAAACUGCACAAAAUGCUCAGCUUUGGAUUCACAGAGAAAGGCUCCAGUAAAAGCAGUCAUCAACCUAUUGGUGUAUACGGAAACGGGUUUAAAUCAGGUUCAAUGCGCCUGGGCCGAGAUGCUCUGAUCUUCACAAAAAAUGGCGGCUGUCAGAGCGUGGGCAUGUUGUCUCAAAGCUUCUUACAGGCUAUUAAAGCACAGGCUGUGAUCGUACCCAUCGCACCGUUCAACCAGCAGACCAAGACGCUGGUGGUAACAGAGGAUUCAGAGGCGAGUCUGAGAGCCAUCCUGAAAUAUUCUCUCUUCCAGAGCGUUUCUGAGUUACAAGAGCAGUUGGACACCAUUCAGGGCAAAAAAGGAACCAAGAUAAUCAUCUGGAACAUCCGCAGAAAUAAGGAUGGAAAGCCGGAGUUUGACUUUGACACGGAUGCAGAGGACAUCCGUCUGCCGGAGAUCCAAUCGGAGGAGACACAGGGAAAAUGGAGGAGAGAUUAUUACAAGCACCGCAGAGACAGUAACAGUGUCCCUGAGAUGGAGUUUUCUCUCAGAGCGUAUCUCAGUAUCCUUUACCUGAAGCCCAGGAUUCAGAUCAUUUUGAGACAGAAGAAAGUUCAGACUAAGCUGAUUGCCAAGAGUCUGUCCAUGAUCGAGAACGACGUCUAUAAACCCCAGUUUAUCAAUGAGAGAGUGAAGAUAACUUUUGGAUUCAAUCGAAAAAAUAAGGAGCACUUUGGAAUUAUGAUGUACCAUAAAAACAGACUGAUAAAGGCCCAUGAGAAAGUUGGCUGCCAAAUCAAGUCAUCAGGUCAAAGGUCAGGUGUGGGAGUCAUCGGAGUGAUCGAGUGUAACUUCCUCAAGCCUGCUCAUAACAAGCAGGAUUUUGAGUACACCAAAGAGUACAGGUACUUACACCUAGCUGCUCUUGGUCUCAAACUGAAUGACUACUGGCGUGAAAAGAAAGAAAAGAAAGCAAAAGAGAGAGCGUUUCAAGCUUUGGAGAGGAAAAGCAAAGAAGGAGAUACUGAGGAAACAGAGGAAGAGGAUGAUGGAGAGGAAGAGGAGGAGGAAGAAGAAGAAGUGGAUGUGACGUGGAUCCAGUGUGAGGACUGUUUGAAAUGGAGAGGAAUCAGCACUCUCCUGUUUGCUGGAAACAUUCCUGAUCCGUUCAAAUGCUGCAUGCACCCAAUACCACGUUUACGGAGCUGUUUGUUACCAGAGGAUACUGAGGAAAAUGCUGAAGUCACAACACCCAGCUAUGAAAAAACACUCAAAAAACAGGAACAUGCCUCAAUCAAGAGAAGAGGAAGAUCUCUGGAGAUGAGUAAAAGCCCAGUGCGUCCUCUCUGUCGAGGACUAUCUGAACCUGCAUCAGAGAGCAAACAGGAUGAGGUCACCGUUACCAUGAUGACAGAUACACAAGAUACAGAUGAGGAUGAAGUCAGCGCCACUGUCAUUGAAGAAGAAGAGUCUUCGCCUUCCCCGAGAAAAAAAAGGAAAGAAACAUGUUCAGACACUGAAAAGGACAGUAAUUCCCCAAACCAUUCUGAAGCUCCAGACGUCCCAUCUGAGGGAGAGACAGAAACAACGGACAAAACGCAUGAAGAAUCAGAAACAAACACCAACACAUCACCGACGGCAGAUAUGGUGGCUCAGGAGGACAGUAUUCAGCCAGAGACCACUGUACUUGAGAGCCCUGUUGAGCCCCAGGUGCCUCAGGGGCCGCAGAUGCCCAAAGAUCAGCCCAGGAUCCCCCCUCAUCCGCUCUCACCACACUCCUCCACAACCAUGACUCAGACGGUAGUCGUCACGCCUCUCAGCCGGCCAGGAUUUCAGCCCGUGUCACCAUUACCAACAGACAGUUCAGACCGUGCAGCUCUUAAUCAGAGACUCGCUCAGCUGGAGCGGGAAGCCAAGCGGCUAAAAAGAAUCCUGGGAAUCCGUGAGCCGGAGGUUGCCAUGGUGACAGAGGCGGAAGGGGGCGGGCCUUCUGAUGUCACCUUGGGUGAUUCAGUGUCCUGUGACCAAAAUGCGGAAAGAUUGAACCCAAUGUCAAACGAGUCUAGGAGAGAGGAACUAUCUAUUUGUCAGAAAUCAGAGGAACAGGCCAACAGGCCUCCAUCAAGUUCGUCCCCCAUCCAGCAGGAGGCAGAAACGAGUCCAAGAGACGAGCUGUACUGGAGUAAGACCUUAGCCAAACUCCAGAGCGAGAACCAGACGCUGUUAACUGAUCUGAACGAGCUGAGAACAGAGAGAGACCAACUGCUGAACCGAGUGAGACAGACAGAGAGAGACACACAAGACAGGAGAGACCAGAGCACCAACACACCCAACCACACUUACAAUAGCAGUGUGACGCUGGAGAGGUUGCGGUCUGUCCGUCGGAAUGUGGUUGCAUUAUUGUCUUCCAUCCUCCCGAACCUGGAUAUGCAGGGAAUCAGCUAUGACACAAAUGAUGUUGACAGCAUCCUACAGCAGAUCAUACAGGCCAACAACCUGUGAUUUUUCUACUGGAUUACAGAGCAUUGGCUGCCUUAUAAUUCAUUUGAAACCUAACAGAAGGCAGAGGUUUAAAGGACAGAUUGGCCACUGCUAAAUCGGUGCAUGGAGAAAAACAGCAUUAAAAGGUCUUUUUUUAUAUAUAUAUAUAAACAUAACUUAUAUUGCAGGUUGAAGCUACUGUACAUUUCACACAUUCAAAUAAUUCUUCUUCAAGCUCGCAUACAUAACUUGGAUUGUGCAUGCAUUGAUCUGACCAGAACGCUCGCUGUUUCUUCAGCGCUGCAAGUUAAACUACUUUCACAAUCGUGUCACGAACAUUUGAGGUUUCACACAGACACUUCAUGGCUUUUUAUCUCAGCUGCAUUGCUCUUCUAGUGCUUAAAUGCAUGCAUCUGCAGGCAGCUUUUUGAUUAUAUUUAAACUUGCUGUUUUUAAAGGAAUACUUCAUCUCAAAAAUAAAUAUUGCUUCAUUUACUCACCCUCAGGACAUCAAAGAUGUAGACGAGUUUGUUUGUUCAUGAGAACAGAUUUGGAGAAAUGUAGAAUUAUCAGUUGCUCACCAACGGAUCCUUUGCAGUGAAUGGGUGCCGUCAGAAUGAGAGUCAGAACAGCUGACAAUAAACAUCACAAUAAUCCACAAGUAAUAUUAUGGAGAGAGAACUAGGGCCCUAUGAAAUCAGUUUAAUUUUUUUCCAAUUUUUUUUCCAUUUAUUUUUUUUGGAUUGGUUGUAAUUUUCCAGACUCUGUUUUAAUGGUCGAAGUAAAAAAUAUAAACUGAAAAGCAUAUUUAAUUAAUAUCUAGUUCCAAUUAAUGUCUAAUUAAUUGGAAUCAUGAAACCUACACAAUUUAACAGCAAUUUAUUAUUAGUAGUAUUACUAUCAUUUACAUUACAUAAUAUAUUUCUGUUACAGUUUCUUCAAGUUAAACCGAACUUUUAUUUUGACGGGUUGCUGUGAAGACCUUUAAGAUUCUGUUUGUAAAUAAUAUGACGAUAGUUUCUCACAAAAAGUUAGAGAUUAUGUUUAUGCCUUCAUGUUAGGGCUGCACGACUUGGGAAAAUUUUGAUAUUGCGAUUAUUGAGGUUAAUGCGAUAUGCAAUUGCGAUUAUAAUAAAUGGUAUAGUGAGUCAACUUGAUGGGUUUUUAAGGAAAAUGCACACACAGACCAGUGAUAAUGCUGAAAUGUGUAUUUGUAAAACUAGAAAUGCUUUCAAAAUAAAUUAUUUUUACAAAAUGAAAUAGCAUUUGCAUAAUUAACUUAUUUUCUCAAAAGUAUAGCUAAAUUAAAUAAACAAAAAACAAAAAUAAGAUAUUUUAAACAUGGGGGGGGUCUAUAAAGUAUGUAAGAUGAUACAUUUUACAUGCUAGUCUACAUUUUAAUAUAAAAACAAUUUUAAUAGUAUAGUUAUUAGUUAUAAUUUUUUUGUUAACUUUAUAAAUGAGUCCGUUUAUAAAUGUCUGAAAUGUUCUAAAUGAGUCCGAGCUUAAUUUUCACGUCAUAGUUAAGAGGGGUCGGGCUUCGGGCCUGUUUUAGGCUUCUCCUUAUUUUUUUUAUUACAUUAUUACAUACAGCAAUUAUGGUGAUGAAAAUGAGGCAUUAGAAAGUGUUUCAUGUUUGUUUUCUUUAUUUAAAUAAAGCACCGUUUGCAACGUUUUGUAGGUAUUGUGAGUGCACACAAAUAAAAGUAGACCCUUAACAGUUCUGAAUGAUGUAUUACUUUUACCUUUAUGAGUAAAAAUGACAGCAUAUUUUAAAUUGUUUCCUAAUAGCCUGCUAGCACACAUUUAUCUAAGUUUAACGUUGAAACUAACAUUGCACUGUAAAAAAUUACCGUGUAUUUAACGAUAAAAAUGCUACAGUAAAAACCUGUUAAAUGGUUAACGGUAAAAGGCUGUAAAAUUUACAGUGAACAGUGAAAUGUCAGUGAAAUUGACAUUCCUAGAAUUCCCUGUGUUACAUUUUUGUUUUUAAAUUUGAUGGGGUUUUUUUGUUUAAAUAACCCUUUCUUCUUAGUGUUUUCUUAGCUGUUUUGUACAUUAGGGUUCUCUGUUACAUCUAAUGUUGUAAAAUUAAUGUUUAUGCAUUAUUUCAGUUUCAUGUGUGUUACCAUGAUGGUGUUUAGUGUUUGUGUGAAUGACACUUUGCACCUUCUAUAUGUUAAUAUUUAAAAGCUGUUUGUAAUGAGCUGUGGUUCAUCAUUUGACUUUCUCAUCACCACCUGUUUUUGGUGGUUAUCAGUGUAUUACAAAGGUACAAAACAGAUUUCAGUACUUCAGUAGGUUGGUACAUUAACAUUAUAUCAGUUAAUGACAUUACGGUAUUUCCCUGUAAAUUUAAGUGAAAACUGUAAAACAUAAAAUGUUGCUACCGUAUUUUUUACGGUAAAAUUCCGGCAACCACAUCUGCCGUUUUUUUUACCGUAAAUUUUACGGAAUAUUUUUUACAGUGUGUUUUAUACUGUUUAUACUCUUUUAGGCUUAUAUCUAUAGAUUUUAUGUUAGGCAAGUCGUGAUAAUUUGAGAAGGCAAAAUUUAUCAAACAGACUGUGUCUGCUAUAUGCUAAAUAAAAUCACUUUGCCAUUACAUGUAGCUAGUAUAAGCUGUUUUGGGAGAAGGGGGGAAAAAGACGGGCUCGGGUCGAACUCGGGCCGAUAAUUCUGAUAAGCUGUCAGACAAGGGCCGGGCUAGGGCAUAUAUAUGAGGCCCGUGCAGGGCUUUUAUAAACAUUUAUCCCAGUACUUUAGUUAAUGUUUGCAACUCAGAAAUGUAGCCUAUUCCGUGUAUUCUGCUCGUGAAGCUUGUUCAAACAUAAAUCUUAACUUACAUGACCAGAGCUCUCUCUGGAUCAGCGGUUGCGCGAAAGCAGGUUUAAAUAUUCGAUGUGAUUGCGAUUUCAAAGGUUUUAUAGACGUGGCGAAAUUAUCAUCAUAUAGCAAUAAGAUUACGUGUCUUUGAAUCGAGAUCGCAAUCUUUUAAUGAUUGAUCCAUAUGAAUCUAUAGCCUAUGUAUUUUUGUAUGUAAUAAUUUGUACUAGACCUCAAAAGUUACCCGGGCCCAGGCCCGGGCGCCCCCCCCCCCGGUUCCGCAAUCCAUGAACAUCAGUAUGUGUAGUACACGAAAUAGCGCAUAUGCGCCAUUCGUUCACACAGAACAUCCAGGAUUCCUAUUUAAAUAGUAUUUCUCUGGCUUAAUAUUCAUAGACACUAGUCCAUAUCGUGUUUUCACUUCAGUGUACUGAUAUACCUUUGAUUUAUUCAUCCAAAGUUUGGCAAAUUCUGUAACAACCCGCGUUAUACAGCAAAUCCUCGAUUUUGCAGGCGUUUUCAACCAUUUAAAGUUAAAUAUGUCUUGAUGAUUUAGUUUUUUACAGACAUGCAGCUUUCACAAGAUGUUAAAUACUGGACUUUGAGUUGUGAUGUUUUUAUCAGCUGUUCAGACUCUCGUUCUGACGGCACCCAUUCACUGCAAAGGAUCCAUUGGUAAGCAAGUGAUGUAAUGCUACAUUUCUACAAAUCUACUAAACAAGCUCAUUUACAUCUUGGAUAGCCUGAAGGUGAGUAGAUGUUAAGCAAAUUUUAAUUUUUGGUUGAACUAUUCCUUUAAGAGUGUUUAAUACAAAGAUUUUUUAGUAUUAUUAUUUUUCUAUAAUUAUUAAUUUUCUAUAAUCUUUUUUUAAACAACUUAAUCCAUAAAUUUAACCACUGAUGGUCUAAUUUUGCAAACGAUACUAAUACUUUCACCUUGAGUCAUUUUUCCUUUGUUAAUUACAUAAUAAAAGUCAUCAGUGCUUUAUUUUGGAAGAGGUUUCUUGGCACAUUUCUUUUAGUCAUGACUGCAACGUUUGUUGUGCUUUGGAUAACUGUACAGAAUGUGCAUAAAAGAGUAAAUAAGCUCAGAUUUUCCAUAACUUGAUCUUUAUUACAUAAUAUUACACAAUACUGCUUUCAUGACAAUAGGUUUUAAAACAACUUUUAAAUGAGUGGACAUCAGGUGAUAACUGCAGGUCACAGACAGAAGCCUACAGAAAUAGAAACUCUCCAGCAAGAGAAUAACAGAUAAAGAUUCACUCCUUUCACAAAAUACAGAUGAAAGUGGAAACAGUGUUUAACAGAGUUAAUUAGAAACACAGUGAAGUGAAGCCAGUUAUUUUCACAGUUAGACAGAGGUCACGUGGCAGGAGCGGGAGAUUCGUUCACAUUCAGAUUCAAAUGACAAAAGUGCGGUUCAUAGCGGAGAUGAACUGAUGUUUUAAAUCUAUGUAUCCACUUUUAAAAACAUCUGCCAUAUUUUAAUGCUGCAUUAGUGAUUUAAAAUCUCAUUUCUACUGGUUCAAAUGUCGUCUUCUGAAUUCUGCCCUAUUUAAAUCACGUUUUAAAGCUUUUUAAACAUUAAUACUGAAGUCUUUCAGGAUUUAAAUCCUGAACAGGCUUAAUUUAAAGCUAAUUUACUUACGUACAAAAAGCAACUGUUAAAAAUCACAAAUAUAGAAUAGAAAUCAAUUACAGGUGACGGGACGAACAAAAGCAGAGCGAUACAUGACUGAAAACAAACAUUGCAAACAAUCUGACGUUAAAAUUUCUGAUAUUAUAAUGUGAUAUGCAACUAUUUACACGUUAAGCAGCUCAACUACAUCUGAUUAAAUGCAAGCAUCCAGACUCUUUCAGUCAUAUGAUUAAAGAUCAAGAUGAAAAGGCCAA